UGUAAAAAACGAAACUGAAAGUGUACAGAUAUUCUCCGAGUGCAGGAUAUCGUUGUGGCAUGCUCAACUCGUCUUGAUUUCAUUCAUCUUAACGACUGUUAAACAUUUGGAACGUUUUGAAUAGCUUUUUGAAUAGCAUAUUCUCUUAUUAAGGCAUGGUGUGCGCCUGGCUAGGGCUAUUCCCAUAGAAUAUAAUCCAUUCUAUGUCUAUGGCUAUUCAAACAGGGAGAGCCCUGCCAGCGAUAGUCAAAUUGUUUGCUGAGCUGAGACGAAAAUGUAGGAUGUGUCCCAGGGUUGAACGGUUUUGGUUAUGGCUAAACGGAUGCUAUUGCUCUACUCUGCUUAAACGCGCCUUCUGGCGUUUAAUUAUACUCCCCAUACAUGCUUGGAGAUUGAUCAUCCAAAAUUGUCCUCCUGAUCAUCCAGGACUCAUCCAGGACACCAACGACUACUACUGCGAGUACGACUCAACAUGGGAGGAUCCAACAAGUGAAGAAACAAGUCGUAAGAGAACCAACAAUCUUUUUACCGAAACAGGGUGGGGAGAGCGCUUUGCUGUUGUUUCUACUGCUGAUGGCCCCAUUAAGAAUUUUCCUUUUUUUGUAUUUACUCAGUACACCAUUCAGUCAACAAGGCAACGAGUUGAUAGGCGUAUGCCUAAUUUACAGUUCUACCUUGGACAGAGGGCCUCCUCCCCUGAUGGUAUCUACAUUGAGGACUUUCACAAUAACUGGUAUGGGGAUUAUUCAAAACUGGAAAGAGUUCACUCAUACAUCCAAUGGUUGUUCCCUCUUCAAGAACGAGGAAUGAAUUAUCAAGCCAAAGAACUCACAAAGAAGGAAAUUGAGGCUUUUCUUGAAGAUGAAACUGCAAAGAAGAGGCUGGUCAAGUCGUACAAACUCAUGCUGGACUUCUACGGCAUCCAGCUGUCAAAUGACACAACAGGGGAAGUGCGACGUGCUAAUAACUGGCGCGACAGAUUUGACAACAUGGACAGAAACACACACAACAACCUGCGCAUCACCCGCAUCCUGAAGUGCCUGGGCACUCUGGGGUUCCCCCACUACCAGGCCCCACUCGUCCGCUUCUUCCUGGAGGAAACUCUUGUCAAAGGCAACCUGUACAAUGUGAAGGAGAGCGUGCUCAACUACUUCAUUUCCGCUGUCAUUGUUCAGCAACAACGCAAGGAAUUAGUUGAGUAUGCCUAUAAGCUCUAUGAGGUCAAACAUCAGUUUGUCGUGCCUAAGAAGACCAAGAGUACAUUUAGGGAAGGGACAUUCCCACGUAAUAAGAACCCAAUUGAUCUGAAACCAGAUCUGAAACAGAAUGGCAUAUACUCAGAUGACAGUGAUGACAACACUACCAGUCAUCAGUCUGUCUCACUAUGUUAACAAGGGUAAGCCAACGGAUAGGAGUGUAAUGGGAAAUUUGGUUAGUGACUUGGUGCGAUUGGGAACGCCAAACAAUGUGUGGUUGACACGGGUAUCCAUACCGCAUGAUAACGUGCGUGGUCUUGUGACUAGUUACACUUAGAGACACAAAACAAAGGUACCAGUCAGGCCUCAAAGACUACUAGUGGAAGGAAUCAAAACACCAGUGCUGAUUCAUCCUCUGAGUGUCUACCAAUUAUGCAAAAUGAUACUGCUCAGUUCAGUUAUGGAGUUUUUGGCAACGGGAACUCUUUAAAUAUCCACCUACUCUAGUGCCCCACUACUGAUUCUCUGAAAAUAAUAGCUGCAGCUAUUAAGCAAUCAGAAUGUGGACCUAGUGGUGUAGUUUCAGAGACAAUUACUGAUGAUCGGAGAAAGCGAGCUAGACAUAAGCAAACAGAGCAUAACCUUAAACUUAGAAGAGUUUCAGAGGAAAAGACUAAUAAAGAUGAUGAUGAUGAUGAUAGAAACAAUAAGGGAGCUGCAGAUAAGCAAGAAGAGAGUGAAUCAAGCAGAGAGGUUUCAGAGGACAAUAUUCGCACGUCCAGUGAAAGUUAAUUGAGUAAGAAACCUGAAGAGAAACUGCCAUGCCCAGCAAAGGAAAAGUUACUCCAGGGAAAGAUUAAGUGUUUGAGAUAACGUGAAGAUUGAUUAGAGUAUUCACCCAUGCCCUGCACUAAUGAAGGGAGAAAGAACAAGUAUGACAUGAACCGGCGUGGGAGCCCGGCGAAACGGCUGGGGCGUGGGAGCCUGUCGAACCAGCUGAGGCCUGACGUGGGAUGGGCGCCUGUUGAGCCAACCGGGACAAGAAAAACUCUCGAGCCAGCUAGGGCAUGGAAGCCCGACGACCUGACUUAGGCACCCCUGGUUCCAUCAGCGGCGGCGCCCGGACCCGACGUCACCACCAACCGGAAUACCAGCACUCUCCGAUGCUUCAAAUGAUGGCUUCAGGAUUUUGUAGGACUGACGCUGGAGAAGAGAAGCAGGUACGGGGAGUAGAGCAUUUAAUAUGGAACAGACAUCAAACAGGACAGAGACAGCGUCAGAACCAUGUAUGCAAAGACUAACUUUAAUCCUGAAGCAGGGAACAGAGAUGGGAACAGACAGAUAAAGGGGAGGUAAUGACCCAGGUGAUUGAGUCAAGGUGAGUCCAAUAAUUGCUGAUGCUUGUGACGGGGGAAGGCAUACUGAUGGUGGCAGGAGUGAGUAAUGCUGGGGAGCCUGGCGCUUUUGAGUGGGAGAAGGCAAGACAAGAAAAUAAAUGUGAAUUUACUUAUUUUUUUUAUGUUUCAAUGACAAGUGUCAACUGCAAUUAGCAAUACUAUAGAUACCAGGGUUGGGGUCAAUUCCAUUUUAAUUCCAGUCAACUCGAGAAGUACACUGAAAUUCCAAUUAUUUUCAACGCUUAUAAAUGAGGAAAAUGUGGAUUUGGAAUUGGAAUUUGGUUUACUUCUGAAUUACAAUACCUGGAAUUCAAAUGGAAUUGACCCCAACCUGAUAGAUUCACCCAAUCAGUGCUUUACUGCUGAUUAUACAAUUACAUACUGUUUCCAAUGACUUCAGACUAUAGCAAUCAAUGUGUUUACCAAAUUCUCACAAUAUCCAUUGCAGAUAUAUGGCUUAUUAUUCCUCUACUUUUUUAAAAUUGUGAUUAAACACAUACCAGUAUGUACACAAAUACAUUCAUAUUUAUGUACCAAGGAAGGUGAGGGAGUUAAUCAGUUACUUCCAUGUGAUACUUAGACAGAAGAAAAGUAUACGUAAUAUAUAAAUUACAUGGUAUCAUAAACUCAGUUGAAUUUAAAUGAUCUCAAAAUCAGUUUCUUCAAAUGUGACAAAAAUCAUAAAAUAUGAAGUGGCAAAAUGACUACAAAGAUGUUUAGACCUUUCAACUACAAGAGCAUUGUACCUUCAAAUCCUUAAUUCCCAAUAACAUCUAUUUGCAUACAGUUAUGAUGCUGAAAGUGAAAGUCACAGUGUGAUUGAUUUAUUACAGCGAAAAGUUGUCCAAAAAAGAAAAACAGUAGCUAGGUUUCCAUCCAAUUGGCAACAGAUUAUUUUUUUUUAUUUUUUUUUUUAUCCCCUUUUCUCCCCAAUUUUCGUGGUAUCCAAUUGCUAGUAAUUACUAUCUUGUCUCAUCGCUACAACUCCCGUACGGGCUCGGGAGAGACGAAGGUCGAAAGCCAUGCGUCCUCCGAGGCACAACCCAACCAAGCCGCACUGCUUCUUUUAACACAGCGCGCCUCCAACCCGGAAGCCAGCCGCACCAAUGUGUCGGAGGAAACACCGUGCACCUGGCCCCCUUGGUUAGCGCGCACUGCGCCCAGCCCGCCACAGGAGUCGCUGGAGCGCGAUGAGACAAGGAAAUCCCUACCGGCCAAACCCUCCCUAACCCGGACGACGCUAGCCCAAUUGUGCGUCGCCCCACGGACCUCCCGGUCGCGGCCGGCUGCGACAGAGCCUGGGGGCGAACCAGUUAGCACUGCGAUGCAGUGCCCUAGACCACUGCGCCACCCGGGAGGCAGGCGACAGAUUUUCAUGUGAAUAUUCUAAAAUCUGCAUAAAAACAAUAUGCGCAGAUUUUCAUGCGAAUAUUCUCAAAUCUGCAUUAAAAACAAUAUGCGCAUUUUCCCACCAGAUAUGUGUUUCUAUCAAAUUGACUUGUUGCAGAUAAAAGGUUGUGCGUGAUGACAUACUGCGCAUAAAAAAAUACAUUUUGUGUUUAAAUUCCCAUGCACCAAAUACAUUUUCUUUAUGUAAAUGAGUUUCCCUCACAAUUUCAACUCUACUGAUGGGUUUCUCACAAAGUGUUUUGCGUUAUAUAGUCUGGUAUUAGCACGUGCGCUCUAGCCAACAGUGCUGUCUGCGCCUUCUUGACUAGAACGCACGUAUAGCCUACAUGAUGAGAUUAUUAUUUUGGAAAGGAGGAUCAAGCUGUAGGAUCUUGCAAUUUCACCAUCCUGUGAAGUUCAUCAUAAUUGAUUUAAUCUGUUGCCUAUCUGUAGCAUGAUUUCUCAUAGAGUCAUAGUGGGAGGACCACUGUUACUUUGAUAUGAUGGUUAUUAUAUCAAUAUUUGCACGCAUAAAAGCAUUUCCAUCGACAUUUCUCGCAUAAUUCAUUUUACAGACACAAAAAGAUCCAACCUUAUCUAGUGUAUUUGUUUAGUGGACAUUUGGAAAGUUUACACGAAAAUCUUUAUUUUUCCAUCAGGCCUGUCAUGACGUGUUUUAUCCGACAUGUACUUUACUCUUUACUCGCAUAAAAAGGUUGGCCCUGGUUAUUGCAAUGUAUUUUUUGUCAGUUUCCACUUCUGCAGUUUUAGCACUCUCCUUUGGGACAUUAUUUUUUGUAAAUUCUUUGCUCUUGCUUCUGUCCCAGUGGUCUCUGUGUUUGUCCGUCUCUAACUCUCUCCCUGUCUCAGACCCAGUCUUGUGCUCUAGUCAGUAAUAUUUAUUCUGUUAGGCUCCGUCUCCCUAGCUUGGCUGACGCAAAGACUUCAAUUUAGGUGUUAGCCAGACUACUCUCUCCCUGCCUCUGUCCCUGUCUCUGCUCCUGAAUUUGUCCCUUUUCUCUGUCUCUGUCGUAGUCUCUCCAGUCAGUGACCAUUGUCCGGUCAGUGACCAUUGUCCCAUUGCCUGCAUUAGAGAUACUAAGCAACCUAAAUCACAUCCACACAUUAUUACAAAGAGACAUUUUAGAACUUUCAAUGAGCAACAUUUCCUGUAUGACCUGGGGUUGUAUGAUUGGAAGGCUGUGUCCUCUAUCUCUGAUUAAGGGUAAAGGACAGCUCUAACUCAUGGUUCAUGCAUGAAUUAGCUGAAAGAUUUCAUGAAAGAAACUUAGCUUGGGCUAAAGCUAGAUUGACUGAUUCUACCUCUGACUGGCAGUCCUUUAGACAUUUGAGAAAUAGAUGUCUUACUCUGGUUAGAAAAUCAAAGUCAACAUACUUCUUGAAUUUUGUAUCUGAGAAUGUUGGAAAUCCAUCUAUAUACUGGAAAGUGGUCAAAUCUUUGAAACAAAACUCCACCCCCUCAUUGCCCCAGUGGGUUAUGACAGCCUCUGGUCCCAUAACAGAUAAACAUGAAUAAAAGUAGCACUUUUAACCAUUUUGCAUCAACUGGCUACCUAUUUGAAAUAAUCGUUUCUGAAAAAACAAAAAGUGCCAUUAGAGGGAGUCCUUCAUUCACCUAUAAACAGAUAGUAGAGAACGAUGCACUUCCUGCAUUCCAUUGCAAAGAAUUGAUGUAUAAAUAAAUCUACAUGAGAUGAUUCGCUUGAUCACUUUUUACUACAGCUUUCUGCCCCCUUCAUUGUAGAACGUUUCACCGAAAUGUUUUAUUUAACAAUUGCUGCUGCUUGUCACGUGUGCUCCCUCUCCGGCCUCUAGGUCACCAGGCUGCUCGUUAUGGCGCACACCUGUCACCAUCGUUACGCGCACCAUCAGACUCACCUGGACUCCAUCACCUCCCUGAUAUAUGUUACCUAGGUGUCUGGUUAGACUGUAUCUAGGUGUCUGGUUAGACUGUAAACUCUCCUUCCAGACUCACAUUAGGCAUCUCCAAUCCAAAAAUAAAUCUAGAAUCGGCUUCCUAUUUCACUCAUGCUGCCAAACAUACGCUCGUAAAACUGACUAUCCUACCGAUCCUUGACUUUGGCGAUGUCAUUUACAAAAUAGCUUUCAACACUCUACUCAGAAAACUGGAUGUAGUCUAUCACAGUGCCAUCCGUUCUGUCACCAAAGCCCCAUAUACCACCCACCACUGCGACCUGUAUGCUCUCGUUGGCUGGCCCUCACUACAUAUUCGUUGCCAAAACCCACUGGCUCCAGGUCAUCUAUAAGUCUAUGGUAGGUAAAGCUCUGCCUUAUCUCAGCUCACUGGUCACCACAGCAACACCCACCUGUAGCACGCGCUCCAGAAGGUAUAUUUCACUGGUCACCCCCAAAGCCAACACUUCCUUUGGCCGCCUUUCCUUCCAGUUCUCUGCUGCCAAUGACUGGAACGUAUUGCAAAAAUCACUGAAGCUGGAGUCGUAUAUCUCCCUCUCUAACUUUAAGCAUCAGCUGUCAGAGCAGCUUACUGAUCACUGCACCUGUAAAUAGCACACCCAACUACCUCAUCCCCAUAUUGUUAUUUAUCCUCUUGCUCUUUUGCACCCCAGUAUCUCUACUUGCACAUCAUCAUCUGCACAUAUAUCACUCCAGUGUUAAUGCUAAAUUGUAACUAUUUUCACCUCCAUGGCCUAUUUAUUGCCUUACCUCCCUACUCUUAUACAUUUGCACACACUGUACAUAGAUUUUUCUAUUGUAUUAUUGACUGUACGUUUGUUUAUGUGUAACUGUGUUGUUUUUGUCGCACUGCUUUGCUUUAUCUUGGCCAGGUCGCAGUUGUAAAUGAGAACUUGUUCUCAACUGGUCUACCUGAUUAAGUAAAGGUGAAAUAAAUAAAAAUAUGUCACUCCCUUUGGUUCCUUCCCCAGGCGUUAUUGUUUCUGUUCUAGUGUCAUGUUUGUGCGUUGUUCAUGGUUUCUUGUUUUGUAUUAUGGCACGUUUAUUUAUUAAAACACUCACUCCCUGAA